AUGGUCAAGAUCAACGUUACCCUCAAGAAGGACGCCGAUGCUGCUCAGCUCGACCAGGCCAAGAAGCAGGUGACUGAGCAGGGUGGCAAGGUCACUGAUGAGUACACCCUCAUCAAGGCAUUCACUGCCGAGUUCCCCGACGAUCAAGUACACACCCUUGCGUCCAACGAUCACAUUACCGUUGAGAAGGACCAGGAGGUUAAAACGCAGUAG